UGACGCGUAGUGUGAAGUCGGCUACCCUCGCGCAGGGGUGUAAUUUGAGAGUUCGCUGAACUCACUCUCUGCAACUUUUCAGCCACGUCACCCAUCUGCAAACGCUGUGCGAUUUAAGUUGUGGAGUGAGAGAUGCAGAAAAUCUAGAAUAUUUUUUACGUUUACGUUUGAGUUUAAAAGCUCGGGAAACUGAGUUGGAAUUGCCUUUUUUCUUUACAAAUCAAACUUUCCGAUUUUAAGUUGAGCAGUGUUGGAUAUCGAAAGGGAUAUUGGGUUGUGCAUAUUAUUUGAAAAAAAUCGUUGCAGUUUUUUUUCAUUUUAGGCGGAGAUAGCAAAGGAAGAAUAUAAUUUGCGCCACUGCAUGGCAACAUUACUUUAGCGGCACUUUGUUUUGUGUUCAUUUUUGGCAGCAAGUUUCGUUUUUGCAGAGAAAACAAAUCGAGCCAGAAUGAACAUUUUUCGUCUCUUGGGUGACAUGUGUCAUCUUGUUGCCAUCAUCAUAUUGUUUCUCAAAAUUUGGAGGUCGAAGUCAUGUGCAGGAAUUUCAGGGAAGAGCCAGGUGCUGUUUGCACUGGUUUUCACUACCCGAUACUUGGACCUGUUCACCAGCUUCAUCUCAGUCUACAAUACAGUUAUGAAGGUUGUGUUCCUGGUUCUGGCCUACGCUACAGUGUAUCUGAUUUACCUCAGAUUCCGAAGUACGUACAACUCUGAGAGCGACUCCUUCCGGGUGGAGUUCCUCCUUGUCCCUGUGGCCGGCCUCUCGUUCCUGGAGAAUUACGCCUUCGCCCCUUUGGAGAUCCUGUGGACGUUCUCCAUCUACCUGGAGUCGGUGGCCAUCCUGCCGCAGCUAUUCAUGAUCACUAAGACGGGGGAGGCGGAGUCUAUCACCACGCACUACCUGUUCUUCCUGGGCCUGUACCGCGCCCUCUACCUGGCCAACUGGGUGUGGCGGUACCACACGGAGGGCUUCUUUGACCAGAUCGCCGUGGUGUCCGGCGUGGUUCAGACCAUCUUCUACUGUGACUUCUUCUACCUCUACUUCACCAAGGUGCUGAGGGGCAGUGGUAAGAUGACCCUGCCCAUGCCAGUGUGAGGAGCUUUAUCCCCACCCCCCAAUGCCGCCACUCUCUUAUGGCUCUUCAGUCCCAUCCAAUCUCGGUACCACAUGUUUGGACAAGCCCCACCCACCUUCACUGCAAGUACAUACCCCCUCAAGACUUACCUGUCUUAUGGGUGCAGUGUGUUGUUGGGUCUAAGUGUUUACCUGCUUUUUGAGUUUUUGUUUUUGAUUUUUUCUGUUUAAGUGUGCAGCUGCGUCUUUUUUUUUUCUGUAAUGACCAAAAGAGGUUUGGCCCUAUUCUCUUGUUGGCCUGUGUGAAAUUAAAAUUCACACCCAGUCUAGUGAUGCUAGCGAGAUAAUUUCAUAACAUGUCUUUGCCUUAUUAGUUUUACAGAUUUAAAUGCAGUUUUGCUGAAUGCUGUUAGGAUCUUUCUGCUCUGCACAUUACAUUUUUGCAACUUUUUAAAUCACCCAAGCAGAGUGAAUACAUUAGUAUAUGUCUGCAAGACAUGUAUGUGUGGGUCCCCGAUUCUGUCUUUUUUUUUUGUUUACUUUAGGCCAGGGCUGCCCAGUCCUGUACCUGGAUAUCUGCCAACCCCUAGGUUUUCAUUCCAACCCUAACAAAGUACACCUCAUUCAACAGCCAGAGAUCUCUUUGUGCUGCUAAUUAGUAGAAUCAGGUGUGCCAAAUUAGGGUUGAAAUGAAAACCGGUAGGUCUCCAGGAUCAGGACUGGGCUGCCCUGCUUUAGGCUACUCGUAUUGUUGCAUGUCUCAUGGGCACUCCACGUUAACAGACUUGUGUGUGUGUGUGUGUGUUCCUGUCUGAUGGAAAUCUUGCCUAAAGUUGUGUUCUGUGGUGGCAGCACUGUAUGCUGGUGCGUGGUGGACCACACGUGAGUGCCACAUUUAUGCAGCUGUUUCUGUACAUGAGGUUGCAUGUAUUUUCAGUUUCAGUUUAUGGAGGAUUUCUCCGUUACUCAGUGUGCUUUUGUGAGCCUGUCAAUACCUUCCAGGCUACCUUCUCUUACCGCUCCCCCCAUUUUUCUUAUUCUUAUUAUUAUAUUUUUUUUAUUUAAGGUGGUUUGUUGCAUUUGUGUUUGUGAACACCCUGCAAUUAAAAGGUUUUGCCAUUGUGGCUUCUGACAAUUGUGUAUUGCAAAACAUAGCUGGCAAAAUCCAGUUUUUGAAAGACUACAGUAGAUAUUACUAAAAUGUGGUUUGAGCCUUCAGAAGUCAACAAAAAAUGUUGAUACAAAGAUUUUAAUAUAAAUAUGCAUUGAGUAUUUUCCUGGACCCAAAUCUUUAUUAGCGGUGUACACUCCCAAUAUCAAGGUGAAUUAGGUUUUCAACAAUGAAAUCUAAUGGUAUCGAUGUUAUUUACUUACAUUAUUGUGUAUUCAGAUGACAUGAUCUAUUGAUCAGUUUGUACAAAGACAAAACUAUUUUCUGAGUAACUAUGAUAAUGUUUAAAGCACCUUGUAGCAUUUGAGAUCUGUCAAUAAAAAUUGUUUUAAUACUUUCA